UUUGCUGGGAGUCAAGCUGACCGGGCUGUGAAGGAAGAAGCUUACUGAAAAGCUGAAGAACACAAAAAUUAUAGGUGAUGGUUAUUUCUUUGCUUUAUGUACGUUUCGUUUUCUAUUUGUAUCGACUGACUUUGCAGAUAAAAGUGGGAAGAAAGAACGAGCAGCUAAAUCUGCAGGUGAAACCAAAACUAAAGGAGCUGCUGCUGUGGAAAAGGAAGUAACAAUCGACAGACUUGAUAUCCGUGUUGGGGUUAUCAAGGAAGUUCAGAAACAUCAUGAUGCUGAUUCUUUGUAUCUGGAAAAAAAUGAUGUCGGUGAAGAACCUAUAGGACUGUCGUUAGUGGUCUUCUCAAAUAUAUUCCUCUUGAAGAGAUGCAGAACCGCAAGGUUUGUGUUCUCUGCAACCUAAAGCCAGCAACCAAGAGGGGAAUUAAAUCACAAGCUAUGGUUCUUUGUGCUUCCACUAGUUAUAACGUUGAAUUUGUGGAGCCACCUGAGGGUGCUGCUGUCGGGGAGAGGGUUACCUUUCCUGGGUUUGACGGUGAGCCGGAUGAUGUUCUAAACCCUAAGAAGAAGACGCUGCAAGUGGAUCUACUACAUUCAGACAAGAAUCUUGUAGCCUGCUAUAAUGAUCUGCCAUUCACAACUUCUGCAGGUGUUUGCAAAGUUUUAUCAACAUCCGAUGGGUCAAUUCGAUGA